AUGUUAAUACCAAACGUCGAAGCUAAGAUUAUAGCAGACGAUGGACGAGAAUUGGGUUACGAUGAACUCGGUGAACUUUGUGUUCGAGGACCUAACAUAAUGAAGGGAUAUUUAAAUAACGAAGGUGCAACAAAUGCUGCAUUUGAUAAGGAUGGAUUUUUAUAUACAGGAGAUGCCGCUAUUAUGGAUAGACAAGGAAAUUUAUUUAUUACAGAUCGUCUUAAAGAGUUAAUCAAAUAUAAGUGCUUCCAAGUCGCCCCUGCAGAACUAGAGGAAAUCAUAAUUUCUCAUCCUGUAGUAUCAGAUGCUGCUGUGGUUGGUGUUAACUGUGAAGCAGAUGCUAUCGAACACCCCUUGGCCUAUAUUACACUUAAACCCGAAUACGAACAAUCACAGGAAAUAUCUAAUGAGAUAAUGGACUACGUUUCUAAUAAAGUAAAGCCAUAUAAAAGGUUGCAUGAUAUAUUAUUUAUUGGUAAAAUACCAAAAAAUGAAUCGGGGAAAAAAUUAAGAAGGAUAUUGAGGGAUAAGGCUAAAGCAGA